CUCUUGAUACUUAUUUACUGUUACGUUUAGGUAUUCCAAAAUGAAAAUACUUAGCUAAUUAAAUAAAAGUAUUGUAUGAAAAGUAAAUAAUCUUUGUGCCAUACACUUUCUAUAUUAAUCAGAAGGACGAAUCGUGUAUAAUUUAUAAUUUAAUUGAAGCUUGUGUAAUAUUGUAUUUAUUUACUUGUGUAAUAUUUUAUCAUAGAAUGUAUAACUCAAUUUAAAUUUUGAAGCAAUUAUUUGAGUAUAAUAAAAUUAAACUAAAAGUUAUGACUUCACUUCUCUUCUUAAAAUCUGUGUUGUUUGCUAAUGCAACUCAAAAGAAAAAAAAAGUAAACAAGGUUAUAUCAAAAAGAAAGAAAUCAUAUGAGAAUUGUCGAAUAUGCAAUAAAAUGAGGGCUGACAUUCCAAUUUUUGAUAAUUCUAAUAAAAUUAAUAUAUCCGAAGAAGUUGAGAAAAUAUCUGGUGUUAUGAUUAGUAAGUUUGAUGACCAUUCAAAACAUAUUUGUCAAAAUUGUUAUCAACUUUUAAAGAGCUGUAUUCUGUUUCGGGACAUGUGUCAAAAAAAUAAUAAGAGGCUUGAAGUUGAAGUGGCUAUUAAAACAGAGCAAAUAGCUUGUAAUGAAAAAGAAAGUUUUCCUACAACCUGUGAUGAAGAAGACGUCUAUAUACCGUCACCUACAAAUUCUGAUGAUGAAUUGGACCUUUGGCAAUGUUCUAUUUGCAACAAACAGUUUUUAAAUGCAAAAUUAUUUAAUUUACACGUCAGACAAUGUAAAAAUGUGAAUGGAGAGAAGAAAACAUUUUUAUGUGAUAUCUGUGGAAAAGUAACUAAGACUAAGGCAAAUCUUUUGAAUCACAAAAGCACACACGUCAACGUGUUCCCAUUUAAGUGUGAUGUUUGUCCGUAUAGAGGCAGGACGGUCGAUUUACUAAGAGUGCACAAACGCAGCCAUUUAAAAGAUAAGCCAUAUAAAUGUACUCAAUGCCCCAAAGCUACAACCACCUCUAGUAAUUUGGCCAAACACAUACAACAUGUCCAUAGUAAAAUUCGACCGCAUAAGUGUUCCUACUGUGAGAAAGCUUUUUCGACAAAACAUUGUAUGAACAAGCACAUUAAAGACAUACAUUUGAGACAAGGAACUGCAGAAUGCGAUAUUUGCUUUAAGAAGUUUAAUACUAACCUAUACGAAAAUGGUCGUGCUUCUUUUGGUCACAUCUGCAUCUGCCUUUGGCCCCAGAAUUAUCGAAAGCAAGAGGGAGUUAAUUAGUUAUACUACUACUACUUAUGUUUGACAAUGUUAACCUCCUUUAAUAAACCUCAAUACUAUCCCAAUAUUCAUAAAAACUAAGAACUUUUUGGUGUAUUUCUGUCAAAUGGUGUUGACGCUGCGAUAUACAGACAAACAGAAAGAAAGACUAUUACACAUAAUAAAAAUGCACACUUUAAAAGAAGUGAAGGCAGAAACAAAAAUGAUGUAGUUUUUAUGAAUAGAGGUUAUAAGCUAAAAAGCACGUUAAGCUAAAAAACGUUGAGUGAGAAUAAAUUAGCAUAUAUAUGUGUUAAAGUUAAUUUCAUAUCAUAUUAUUAUAUAUGUACUUAAUAUCAAGUGCGUUGACAUCUGAUAUUAUAAGGAAAUAUUAAAUAAUCUUUCUAAAGGAACGAAUAUGUGUAUAAGUAUAUUGUCCUUAUAGUAGUUCCGUUUUCAUUUUUUUUACACGUAAAUAUUUUGUUUUGCCUUUAUGUUACCUUAUCAAACGAAUGGUAUGUGCGUGUUACACGAAAAGUUUACGAUCAGAAUUCUUAAAUUGCACCGAAAAUUUGAGCUGUAUAAAGCGACUAAAAUCUUGGCAGGGAAGAAUAAAGAUCUAAAAUCAAAAGAUGGUCAGCUUAUCGUAACAUCAGAAAUGUUAAAAGCGGACUUGGCUACCACCGUCGACACGCUGAUUUGCAAAAGCUUUUAAUUGGCAAAAUCUGGAUCAGCGAGAAGCUUUCGGAGGACUGGAACAGUGGGCUUCUUAUAACUAUGCCCAAAAAAGGUGACCCAAGCCAAUUGAGCAAUUGGAGAGGUAUCAUCUUCCUCUUGGUUUGCAGAAUUAUCUUGGACAGGUUAUUUGGAGCCGUCGAGCUUCUCCUUAGGCCUUAGUUCCUACAUAGAACAAGCUGGCUCCCGGCCUAAGCUUCCGAUACGCUGAGAUGGAGCAGAAUAUGGUCGCGUCUCUCUGACAUUGGUAUCCCGCCAAAGUCAAUCAACCUAGUAAAGGCCAGCUAUAGGAACUAUUCUUGUAGAGUGACUCACGAUGGCCUUGUCUCAGACGAUAUUCGAGUGCACGCGGGCGUGCGACAAGGCUGCUUACUCUCGCCACUACUUUUCCUGGUUGUCCUCGACCGGAUUAUACAUCGCACACAUCAGAACCAGCGCUGCGGAAUACAGCGGGGAUUAACCAACAUUUUGCAAGAUUUGGAUUAUGCCGGUGACCUCUCUCAGAUAAGUCAGACGCACCGCGACAUGUAAUCUAAGUUAGAAGACACGAGGCUUGAUUUACGGGACUCAAAAUCGAAACCCGUAAAACGAAAGAAAUGCGUAUUAGAGUUAAGAACCUUGCCCCAUGCAGAUGGGCAUAGAGGACGUAGAGAGCGUUCAAAAAUUUGUUAACCUCGGAAGAGUCGUGUCUGAAACUGGAGAUACAGAAGAGGACAUUACUUCACGUGUUGCCAAGGCCCGAGCAACCUUCGCACAACUUCGGCAUGUAUGACAGUCACGGAUGUUGACGCGUCGAAACAACGUUAAAAAAAUAUUCGGGGAAAUAAAAUAUUAGUAGAGUAGAGUAAUAGGAAUUUUCUUAGACGGUGCAGAUUGUGUAUUGAGGUCACAGGGAGGAUUCUUUUUGAGCAUUUAUUGAAAAUGUUUUGUUUUAUUAAAACAGUAAUUUCAAACUGAUUUUUUCGAACUUUAAUAAGAAUUUGUUAAAAAAUAUAACUGCGGGGGUUGAGCUUAAGGACAAUUUUAUGCAGCUGAUUACCCGAUCUAAGCCCUAGUUGCGUUUGAUCCACGACUUUGUGGCCACUUUGUAUACAAUAGUCAUUAGAAUUAUUAAAUGUUGUUUUUUAUGUAUCGCACUUUUGUUGUUUUUAUAUUUACAACAUUAUGCCCUAUAAUAAUGAUGAUAG